AUGCCUUCGGAUUGUCGAACCAAGGCGGCGCUCUUCAAAGGCUGUCGUCCCAGCCUCUCAAAUCCGCAGCAAAUCAGCGCGACCCAGCAGCUCUUGUAUACAGCAUGCUCGACACCGUGCAUCCACUGCGAUAUCUGGAAGUUGGCUACUCUGAUUGCUUCACAUGUGCCGCUGGCUGCUCGAUACGAUCUCCUGACCGGUACUCCUGUCAACUCGCCUAUGCCAUCCGCUCCGUCCAGUCCGACCGCUUCAUCACCCAUCUCACGGACAAUGUCGCGGUCGAUGACCUACCCUCAACUCGUUUCCGCAUCAAAGAAGAUUGAGGCUCAGUUCCAAGCCCAGCGGUCCCGACUCAAUUCCAUUGUCAGCAUCUGCACUGUGUCUGGCGCCGACGAGACCGAGGGACUGAGAAUGGCUCACGAUCGAUGCUCCGCAGCUGUGGAAGACCUGCUCGACGAAGAAGAGGAUUUAGAGGAGUGUCUUCUCAAAGACCUUCAAGAAGUCCAGUAUGGGUACGACUACGACGACUACGGUCGUACUGUCCCAGAUGACUACUAUCCACAAGCGCGAAGACCCAGCAUGAUCGAUGUGGCUAUCUAA